UGUUUUCCAUCUCUCUCCUCCCAGAAGCAUGUGACCAUGUGAUCAGAGUCACCGCAGCCUGACGGACGGAUUGAGAGAACUUGUGACCGGAGCAGCAAGAACAGCUCGGCGCCGUGCGAGAUAAAAACCGGACAGCAGCUUUACAGGCCUCCCUCAGCUCCGUCCGACACCAUGGACUGCGGAAUAUUCACCUCCAAGACCAUCCUCCUCUUCCUCAGCUUGGUGUUUUGGGCUGCAGGAGCGGCGUUGGCCUACGUCGGCACCUACGUGAUCAAGAGCUAUGACAACUUUGAGAGCUUCAUUCAGGACAAGUACACGCUGGUCCCGGCCGCCAUCAUCAUCGGCGUCAGCGUGGUGAUGUUCAUUUUCGGACUGGUGGGAUGCUGCGCCACCAUCCAGGAGUCCAAAGUCGGCCUUAGCUUUUUCUUUCUGAUCAUCCUGGCGAUCUUUGCGGCUGAAGUGGCUGCUUUGGUAUUUAGCUUCAUCUACCAGAACAAGAUCAGCGGAGACCUGGAAGGCUCCAUGAAUGGCGUCUUUUCAAAAUACAAUGGAGACAACAGUGAGACCAAAGCUGUGGACUACCUGCAGACAAACCUAAACUGCUGUGGUGUCCGCAAUUACUCCAGCUGGUCCAACACUACCUGGUUUACCAGCCACAACAACACGGUGCCUCUGUCCUGCUGUAAAAACUCCACCGCCACACAGUGCACUGGCAGACUGGAUCAACCGGACCUGCUUAACCAAGAGGGUUGUGAGCCCAAGCUGAACAGCCUCCUGCAGGGUGUGUUGAGUUACGCCAUGCUGGUCAUUCUGGGCUUCGCCAUCAUCAAGUUCUUUGGGAUGCUGAGCGUAUGUGUCAUCACCUGUAAAAGCGGAAACCGGAGGAGUGGGUACCAGCCUCUCUAUGCCUGAGCCACUUCCUGCAUCCACCCACCACCUCCUCAUUUUGCUUGACUAGGUUUGCCGACCACGUCACUCAACAGUGCACAGCAGCGUCCGGGCCAAUCACUGCACAGACCUUAAGCUUUAUUUAGAUAAUGACAUAUGAUGUAUACACAUGUGGCAAACCUUGUCUCAGUCUGAAGGCGGUCAUUCAGAGCGUGCCUCCAUAGAUGAAAUCAGCACAAAUGUUCAUCUUACUUCUUUAAUCAUUUUGCUGAAUGUGGACAUUGCUUUCACUUUUGGCUUGUUGACGAAAUUCCAUUUGGUUGCCCAAGGUUUCUGUACUUUCUCAGCCCAACUAUGGCCUUCCUUUGGGAAAACACACAUGUGACAAUAGCACAAAAUACCAUUUUGAAAGUGAUUGAUAGAAAAUGUUGAUCCCUGUUGGAUUCUAUUUGCUCAAAGUCUUACUCUCGAAAGCAUCCUUUAGUUUCUAAUGCUGACUGUCAACCUGGUGCAGCGGCCGUCACAUCGCAGGAGAGAAAAGCUGACAGAGAAGAACACUGUGUUGGUGAAAUCUUGCCGAGUUUUCUCACUCUGCUGCAUCAUGUAGAAACUCUUUUAAAGAGCAUUAUUCUUUGCAAUGUACCAUAAUGAAGGACUUCGAGCUAUAUUUUAAGCUUUUUGUGAUUGUGAACACAAGGGUAGCAGUUUAAUGCCUUGUUGAGAUAUAUAUAUAUACAUAUAUAAAAUGUGAUGGUCAGUUAACUACAUAGUUUGACUUUGGUUGUGUUUGUUAUGUUUCUAAAUUAAACAGAUGAAUAUUUCCCAGUA